AUGCCGUCCGGUUCUCGCCGCUCUCAGCAGCCAACUUCUACAUGGCAAGACAGGCUGGAAGGCGGUCGUACUGCUUGGUCUAGUGUUGUCGUUGUGUACGGCAAGCGCAUCGAGGCGCGUUAUUGGUACGACGGGAAUAACCUCAACAAUGCUAGGGAAGAUGCCGCAGAAGCGGCGCUUCACUGGCUAUCCAACAGUUCGGGACUCGGCAACGGAUGGUGA